AUGGAAAACUCUACCUGGCCGCCCGAUGUGUAUUCCAGCUACGCCACAACGCUGUACAGCGAUGCCGCUAAUCACACCCUGGAUUCUGUGUACGCGAGCAUUGGUGGUAAUACCACCACGGAGCCCACACUUUCGUGCCCGGCACCGCCCGACCUGCUGUCCAGCGCCAUGGUGGCCCUGGUCACCGUGGCCUACGCGCUCAUAUUCUUCUUCGGCGUGACGGGCAACGCCCUGGUGGCGAUCGUCAUUUGGAACAACGUGGACAUGCGGAGUUCCACCAAUUACUUCUUGGUCAACCUUAGUCUGGCCGACCUGAUGGUUCUCCUGGUCUGUAUGCCGCCUCCCCUGAUGGAGCUGUACGUGCCCCACGUCUGGCUUCUUGGAAAGUUUAUGUGUUAUUUAGUGAGCGUGCUGGACAGUGCCACUGCUCACGCCUCCAUCCUGACCCUACUAGCCAUAUCCGUCGAGCGCUACUACGUCAUCUGUAUGCCCUUCAAGGCUAACUACACUUGCACCUCUAAGCGGACCCUCAUCAUCUGCUGUCUGGUCUGGCUCAUUGCCUUCAUCAGCAGCAUCCCGGUUGUCCUGCUGACCGGUUAUAGGUCGUGCAUUGACCUGGACACUGGGGAACAGAAGGGCUAUUGCGAGGCAUACGCUAACACCAAGCUCCAGGAAGCCUACAUCGGGGGCAUCUUCUGCCUCUUCUUCCUGCUCCCUUUCGGCUUCAUGACCGUCAUCUACUGCAUUAUCGCGAACACGCUGCGAAUGCACGACAACUACAUGGCUGCCAUCCGGAAGAAGGAGUCUCUGGCGCCGCCGUCUGGUGACUUGGCGUCGUCGCGUGACGCCGGACGGCUGGUGGAACUGGCCUCCAUGCCACGCAGGAACAGCGUGGAGUACCUGAUGGAGACCAACAACCAUGCGGCACCGGCGACCAAUCACGUCACGAGCAGCCAGAGCGAGGAGCCACUCACGGUGGCCACGGUGGACGGGGAGGCCAAUCACUACACGGCUCUCCGGUCAGGGGCCUCUGGUGGCCAGCAGCAGGCCAGCUCGAACAGUGCGUGUCAGAGCAUGGCCAACGCGGCCACGCGGCAGUCCCACCGCCGCGUGGUGCUCAUGCUGGCUAGUGUGGUGGUCGUCUUCUUUGUGUGCUGGUUUCCCAUGCGCAUCCUCAUGCUCUGGCAGAUCUUCGCGCCGCGCGAGUCCGUCUACUCCUGGUUGGUGGCCAACCAACACACCUUCGUGGUCAUGCUGGCCGGCUUCCGCGUACUGAUCUACAUCAACUCAGCCAUCAACCCCAUCCUGUACAACCUCAUCUCUACCAAGUUCCGGGCGGCGUUCCGGUCGGUCAUCCGCUGCGAGGACGCUCGGCGGUCUCGCAGCAAGAGGUCCAUAUCCACUCGCUCUUUCACUUCCACGUCCAGUCUGAGAGUCCAUGGCCGCACGACUGACUACCAUGGCUAGCCUUAGCCGCUGCUUGACCAUUCCCGCUGUAAUUCAGACCUUCAUCACGCUUAUGUCAUGUAUGUGAGAAGCCCUAACUUUCCACAGCAUUUGGACUGCUCACACACGAACUAUAAAUGUUUUUAGUCCUUAAAAUUGGCGACUAAUUCAAAAUCGAACAUCGAGCACUUUUCCUGUUAAUAUUGAGUACAUUAUCGUGUAAAAGAGAGCACAUACGGCGAUAUAUGAUUAUGAGUCCAAAUGUGUACGGACCAAAACUGUAUGAGAUUUUCUAUACAGCUCAUGGCUGCCAGAAAAUCCAAGUCUAACGACGAUACCAUACGCUGAAAUGCUUUUGGAUGGGAGCCAGACUAAGAUGAAAGUGUGAUGAAGGU